UUAUAUACCAAACAAAGCUUUCACAAUAUUUUUUGAAGUCAUACAAUUAUUUCAAUAAUAAAUAUAGUCGAGCGGAUAGUUCAUAAUUCUUAAAGAAAAACAUAUAAAUUUUAUAUUUAUAAAACACUUUGAAUGGUGUCCUUGCAACGUGACAAAUUAAUUACUAAAAAUAAAUCUUCACAGCACUUGCAGCCUAUAUUAUUGCUGUUAAAAGACAUUUUAAAAAGUGAUCACUAUUUGUGCGAUAUUUCCGAAAACGAUAUAUUAGAUAUUUUUGAAAAUUGUCAAGUUUGUAGAAAAAUGGCAGCAUUACCUCAAGGCGCAUUUGUGGCAUGCAAAUUACGUGAACAAUAUCGUGAUAGAGAUUUAAUAAUUUCUAGAUUGAAAUCAAGCGGCGAAAAAACUGAACCGAAAAUUUUCAGCGGCAACAAAAAAUUAAUGGAAUACAGUCCAGUAAAGUACAACGAGAAAUUAAUGAAUUCAAUUUGGGGAUUCUAUAAUCGUUAUUCACCACAUAAUAUAAAAAGUAAUGAAAUCGUUUCCUUCGAUCUGGCUUAUAAUCAGCAACAGCAAUCUGCUGUUGCUAAUCAAGCCAUUGCUCAUAAUAUAGCAAUGGCUGUCACAACCGGUAAGGAAUGGACUUUUAUGGACAAAAAGUAAAACUUUUAUUGGUCUCAGAAACAUUAAACAAUUGUUCGUCUUAAUAUAAAUACAUAGAUACAUACUAUGUUAAAAAUUUAAUAUUUCUUUAUACAAAUGUAUUUGCAAAUAUGUAUAUUGAUGGUGCAAAUAAAUUUUAUUUACUACAA